AAUCACAUCCACCCUUUAUAACCACAGAACCCCAUUUAUUCUUCUCACUUCCACAAACCUCCCUUUUAUUUCUCUCUCUACCUUUCACACAGUGACACACACACACAUAUGGAGAUCAAUUAUCCGAAACUGUUUCAAACUUCAUCUUCAGCAUCAUCAGCUUCCCACUUGUCAUUAAACCUGCCUUAUCCCCAUGAUUAUACUGAAUUUCAGGUCAACAAACCAUCAAAUAAUGGUUUCUUGGGGUUGAUGGCUAAUAUGGGAGUUCCAAGCAGUAAUUCAGAUGUCAACGAUGUCGUUUCAUCUCAGAACAAAAGCUUUGUGGGGAGUACUACUGAAAGUACUGAUGAUGCCACCAAGUAUUCAGGGAAGAAGAAGGUGGAGAAGAAGAUCAGGAAGCCUAGAUAUGCUUUUCAAACAAGGAGUCAAGUUGAUAUUCUUGACGAUGGCUACAGAUGGAGAAAAUAUGGACAAAAAGCUGUCAAGAACAAUAAAUUCCCCAGAAGCUACUACAGAUGUACACAUCAAGGGUGCAGCGUGAAGAAGCAAGUUCAACGCGUGUCUAAAGAUGAAGGAGUAGUUGUGACAACUUAUGAAGGAAUGCAUUCACAUCCGAUUGAGAAGUCUACCGAUAACUUUGAACAUAUAUUGAGCCAGAUGCAAAUUUAUGCUAAUAAUUCAUUUUAAGUUUCAAGUUGAAGAUCAAAUAUUAGACAAAGAAUAUUAGUCUGUAUAAUGUAUUUGUUUAAAUUAUAUCAUAUAUGUAAUAAAAUUGCAUCAGGGAGAGAUAUAUGUUAGGCUCACAUGUACAACUGACAAGUAAUGGUUUGUUUGUUUGUUUGUUUUUUUUUUUUUUUUGGUUAGUUUGGUUUCAUGUCAUUCUUAUAUAUUUUCAUUUCAUUUAAAGCAAA